AUGACCGACGCUGGAAACUUCCGCCUGUUAAGCAAAGAUUCCAGUAAGGAUUUGUGGUCGAGCGUCGAUAAUCCCACAGACACUCUGUUGCCAAUCAGGAUCCAAGCAUAUGGGAUCGUCUAUAAAGGAGUUUUAAAAGUUGUAGGCGAUUCUCAAGUUACCGUGGCUGUCAAGAAACUAGACCGAGUGGUUCAAGAAGGCGAGAAAGAGUUUAGAAACGAGAGUCGUUUGAUCGUCUACGAGUACUUACCGCAUGGGACGCUUGCCAGUUUCCUUUUCAAGCGUCCAAGACCUAACUGGAAAGAUAGAAGGAGAAUCGCUGUGGAGAUUUCACGUGGAAUCUUGUAUCUACAUGAAGAAUGUUGUGAGCAAAUCAUACACUGCGACAUAAAACCGCAAAACAUACUUCUAGAUGAGUCUUACAGUCCACGCAUCUCGGACUCCGGUCUAGCAAAGCUUCUGAGGAUGAACCAAACGAAUACUCUCACAAACAUCUGUGGAACCAUCGCGAUGGAGUGGUUCAGGAACAAUCCCAUUUCAUCCAAAGUAGAUGUAUAUUGCUACGGAGUAAUGCUUUUAGAAAUCGUGUGCUGCAAGAAAGCAGUUGAUCUUGAGGAUAACGUGAUUCUCAUCAAUUGGGCAUAUGAUUGUUUCCGAAAUAGGAGGCUGGGUGAUCUUAUGGAAGACGACUUAGGUGAUGGAGGAUAUGGAGAUGGUAGAGAGAUAUGCGAAAAUAGGGAUAUGGUGUAUACAAGAACCAGGAAUGAGACCUAA